GACGCGCUUGAAUGUGAAUCGGUUAUCCGAGUGAAGAAUUGCGUGCUCGUGUUCAUUAAAACGUGUUUCUUCUUUCGACGAGUCUUCAUGAGAUUUUUUUAUAUUGGACGAUCGAUUAAGUCAUUCAUAGGAAUAUCAUCUUGUAUUUCUUGCUAAAAUGACGGAGAACGAAAUACAAAUCGAAAUGAACACACAAAAUUUGACGGUCAUAACGCCCAAAAAAACGACGAACAAUGAAAACAGAAAUCCUAAUAUCACCUAUGGCAUCGAUGAUAUACCACCGUGGUAUCUAUGUUUAUUUAUGGCAUUGCAGCAUUACUUAACUAUGAUUGGCGCUAUCGUUUCUAUUCCCUUUAUUCUAACGCCAGCCCUUUGCAUGACUGAAGAUGAUCCUGCAAGGAGCAAUAUUAUUUCUACGAUGAUCUUUGUCACCGGUUUGGUGACAUUAAUCCAGACUACUAUAGGAUGUAGAUUACCAUUGGUGCAAGGUGGCACUAUAUCGUUUUUAGUGCCAACUCUAGCGAUAUUGAACCUGCCGCAAUGGCAGUGCCCCAUGCCAGAAGUCUUAAAUCAAAUGUCCUACGAGAAUCGGACUGAGCUAUGGCAAAUUCGAAUGAGAGAACUGUCGGGUGCUAUUGCUGUUUCCGCUCUGUUUCAAGUAAUCAUCGGAUUUGGAGGUAUUGUUGGGUAUUUGCUGAAAUUUAUAACUCCGUUAACAAUAGUGCCGACGGUUUCAUUGGUUGGGCUCUCUUUGUUCGAAAAUGCAGCGGAUGCUGCGUCUCAGCACUGGGGUAUUGCAGCUGGAACAAUAAUACUGCUAACUAUAUGCUCUCAAAUAAUGAUUAAUGUGCCAUUUCCAUUUCCAAUAUAUCGCAAAAGUCAAGGAUUUCAUAUUAUCUGGUUUGAACUAUUUAAACUUUUUCCGAUUUUAUUAACAAUAAUCAUUAUGUGGAUAAUUUGCACUAUACUAACGAUGACUGAUAUGCUACCAUACGGUCAUCCUGCCAGAUCCGAUAGUAAAUUGAAAAUAAUAAGCGACUCACCAUGGUUUCGUGUACCAUAUCCUGGACAGUGGGGUGUACCCACUGUAACGUUAUCAGGAGUACUCGGUAUGCUAGCAGGAGUACUAGCAUGCACGGUUGAAUCUAUUAGUUACUAUCCAACUACUGCGAGAAUGUGUG